AUGGAAGAAACAAAAAUCAAGCUCAGCGUGCCUCUAAGCGAGGACGUGAUCAAGCUCUCAGCGCUCGACCAGCAAAUCAUGCGCUUUUACCCCAAGACACUCUUGAUUUUCGAGCAAGACACUUCAAAGGACACGAGCGACAUUGUGCACCACCUAAAGUCAGGUCUCGCGGUAGCCUUGAGCGAAUACCCCGAUUUCGCGACCACAGUUGCCCCCAUUCCGGGCUCUCAGCGAAAGGACCUAGAGCUGCGCAUCUCGCAUGAUUCCGGCGUUCCGUUUAAAGUCGUGGAUCAGACAAAGCAAGAUGAUUGGAUUUAUGGGAGCUACUCCAAUCUGGCUGCUAAGCACUUUCCUGUCUCUGACAUCCCUCACGAUACCCUCUUCAUCCCGCAGCCAGCGCCAGGAGCAGACGGACUCCCCGCGACAUUCCUCCAGGUGAAUCUCAUCGAGGGAGGCGUCAUCAUCGCUAUCUCAUGGCACCACGCAGUAUGCGAUGCUAGAGGUAUGGGCAUCUUCACCGACGCCUGGGCCCGACACACCCAGACGUCUGUCACAAACGGCAAACUCGACCUCCCCGCAACACAAGCAGAGGGCACCCGCGACCGCUGGCGCCUCGACCACGGCCUCCGCGACGCAACAAUCGAGCAACUCCCCGAAUACACAAUCGACAGCUCCGCGCGCGACGACGGAAGCGGCUCCUUCCUCCUCGACCGCGAAAACCCCAUCACAGCCCCCUACGCCGUGAGCACCUGGUACCUCAGCGCAAACAGCCUAAAGUCCCUCCGCGAGGCCCUCGCGCAAACCGAGUCAAAGACCCAAUUCACAAAGGUCGAGGCCGUCUCCGCCCUCGUCUGGAAACACCUCAGCAUCGCGCGCCAGCUGGACCAGGUCUACCCCGACGGCACCUCCCUCUUCACGACGCGCUUGGACUUCCGCGCGCGCACAAAGCCCCCCUUCCCAGAUACAUUCGUCGGCAACAUCAACGAGCCGACCGCGCGCGUGCGCAUGCCCAUCGCCGAGAUCUGCAGCGCCCCAACACCAGGCUCUCUAACAACCCUCGCGGAAGCCGUCCGCGCCGCAACCGAAAACACAACUGAGCAAAGCCUCCGCACGCUAAUCGGCCUCGUGAACGACGCGCCCGCCGUCACAGACGUCGCGUGGAACUACAACUACUUCCCCGGCCCUGACCUCGGCGUCACGGAUAUCUCGAACAUCGAGGCUAUGAAGCAGAGUUGGGGUAGCGGGUUGGGGUCACCAAAGUGCAUUCGGUCGUAUUCAAGGGAGACGGGGCUGCUUUAUCUCUUGCCGCUGGAUCAGGAGGGGGGUUUUGAGAUCCAGGUUCAGUGUGAGAGGGAGGCAUUGGAGCGGUUGCGGGGCGAUGAAGGGUUUGGGAGGUAUUGUGAGUAUAGGAGGGUUUCUGUUUAUAAUGGAUAG